AUGAAAUUGUAGAAUUUUGAAAUCAUUGAAAAAUUAGGCGAAGGAGCCUACAGCUAAGUUUAUAAAGUUAAAAGAACUAUUGAUUAGCAAAUAUACGCUUUAAAAAAAGUUAAUCUUACCAACUUGUCUCUUAAAGAGAAAGAGAAUGCUCUUAACGAAGUCAGAAUUAUUGCCUCCAUCAGACAUCCAAAUGUGGUUUCUUUCAAGGAAAGCUUUUUAAGUGAUGACGGAGAGUUUCUUUAUUUAGUUAUGGAAUAUGCAGAUGAUGGUGAUGUCUUAGAAAAAAUCAAAAAGCACAUUAGAACAGGGACCAGGUUAAGGGAAGAUUACAUUUGGAGUGUCUUUAUUCAAAGCGUUAAAGGUCUUUAAGUUCUCCAUAGUUUAAACAUUUAUCACAGAGAUAUCAAAAACGCAAAUUUAUUUUUAUACAAAGAUGGAACUACUAAAAUUGGUGAUUUUAACGUUUCCAAACAAGCUAAGAUGGGGCUUCUAUAUACGUAAACAGGUACUCCUUACUAUGCCAGUCCGGAGGUUUGGAGCGAUCAACCUUACACUAGUUCUAGCGACAUAUGGAGUUUAGGAUGUGUUUUAUAUGAAUUAGCUACUCUCUCACCUCCUUUUAAUGGUGAGUCAAUGAAAGAGCUUUAUGGAAAAAUAAUGAGUGGAGUCUAUAAAAAAAUAUCUCCAAAAUACUCAUUAGAAUUAUCCAAUAUGGUAUCAAAUAUGCUUUAGAUUGAUCCCAAAAAGAGAUUUUCUUGCUCUUAAAUUCUACAACUUCCCUACAUUUAAAAAAAAAUAUCAGAAAAGCGCAUCCUGUCAAGAGAAGAAGAAGAAAAAUCCACUCUACUUAAAACAAUAUAAUUUAAACCUGUGACUGCGUCACUUCAAGAGAAUUUGCCUUAACCUAAUUAUCCAAAUUCCUAUCAUAGUAAGAGUGUGAAGAAAAUAGUUAAUGAAUUUUUAGAAAACUAAGAUGAUAACAAUAAUAAUGAAAGUAGUUUUUGUUUACAGCCUUCUCCUAGCAUAAAAUUAGCAAAAGAAGCAGAUUCUUCUGCUAGCCCUCUUGCCAAAAAGCAAUAAAAGAUAAAUUAUUCUAAAAAGGGAUCUCUUAUCCCUUCAUUGAGAGAAAUCAAAGCUAAAAAAAGUAUUCCUAAGAAUGAAAGAAGUUUGGAUAGGUCUAGUAGAAGCAAGAUUUCUAUAUAAAUAGAUAAUUAGAUUGAUACUGACUCAAAAAAGAACGAUAAUAGCUUCAUCUAAAAUGAAGAAGCAAAUUUAAGCAUCCAGAUAAAAAAGAAGAAGAAUAAUCCAAGUGAAAAUAGCCUAUAAAAGAAAGAAUAUAUUCCAAAAGAUCAACAAUUCAUAAAAGAAAAUUACAAAAGAGGAAGAUCUCCUAAUUUGAAUAGAAAUGUUAAAAUUUAAGAAGAAUAUCAUAUACAAGAGAAAUAGAAAGAUAAUGAAGGUAGUCUAAAUGAAAAAAGGAAGCGCCUUUUAAAAGAAAAUUCAUUUAACCACUAGCUCAGUAAUAUUUCUUCUCCAAGAGAUAAUCAUACAAGAGGGAGCAAUCAUUCUUAGGACUAAAGCAGCAUAAGCCAAGGAAAGAAUAUUUUUCUUCCAAUUUUAUAUUAAAAUAAAUAGUUUCUAAGCUCCUCUAAUAGCCCACCUGCUUCUCGGUUGAGAUAAGAGGCUAUUACUCGUAAAUUGAUGAAAGAUAUGUAUGCAGCAAAAGUAUAAGAAUAAAAUAAAAUUAGAAGUUUAGAUAAAAAAAAACAGUUCAUUUAGAUAGAAAUAGAAAAAAACAUAAGAUUAAUGCCAUAAAUAUAAGGCAGGAAUAUGAAUUAAUCAACUGAUUCCUCGAGUGAAAGACAAAAAACAAAAAAUAGCAGCAAAUUAGAAAGACUAAAUGGUUAAUUUUAAAUUUAAAAAUAUACAGGAUUAUCAAGCAUAGAAGAAAAAAAAGAAGAUAAUUAAAUUUAAGAUAGUUAGUUUUACAAUUCAGGCUUAGAUUCUCAUAAAAAAUCUUUAUAAAAAUAGAAAUCCAUUGAAAAUGAAAAAACAAGCCCAUAAAGUUAGAUAAAAUCAUAUAAAAGAUACAAUAAUAUAAGAGAUUCCCAAGAAUAAUAGCUAAAACUCUAGCAAAACUCUUUUUCUCCUAAUAAACAAAAAGAUGAUUUUCAUCUACCUUUAAUUAGCAAGUCUUCUGUCUUAUAAAAUUACGAUACAAACGAUCUAUUACAACCACAUAAAAGUAUUAACAGAAUUAGAAUUCCAACUAAUCUCCUCAAAAAAAUUGAUUUAGAAGAAUAGCAAUCUUAGUAAACACAAUAAACAAAAAAAACCAAUUAAGUUCUUUCUCUUUAAGAUUCUCACAACUCAAUGGAAGUAAGAAAUAACAUUAAUGCAUUAUGA